CGACGCUCACUGCCGUUUACUCAAUCUAGUCAUUCGAAAUUCAAAUUUUAUAUUUAUUUUUUAAUUUAACAAAUAACCAUGUGUAAAUAGCUCUAAUGCCUCGACUGACAUGACAGUGAUUAGUGUGUGACAAAUAACAGUGACUCGACUUGAGUAUGGCGUUGACUUGACUGUGCACUUGACUUGACUAUGGAUUUUACUUGACUUUGAUUUUCUUUGAUUUUUUGCCGUUCUGUAAAUUAUUAAAUUGACAGUGGUGGCGAUGGGUCUGGGCUCCAAGGUCGUACGGAAGAAGCACAGUUCCCAGCAGCAAGCUCAUUACGGCAGUCCCCUCUCAUGCAGCACUGCCCUCUGAGAGCUCCCAAAUGUCCUCCAGCGUCAAAAAGAUACCGUACCCAUGAUGGGACUUGUAACAACUUCAACCGCCCACGUUGGGGUUCCACCAUGAGUCCAGUCCAGAGGUUUCUCCGACCUUCCUACGCUGAUGACCUUCAAGCUCCAAGAAGGUCUGUCACCGGAGCUAGACUACCAUCAGCUAGAGAAAUCAGCUCUUUCAUCCACCAGAGUGAGAAUGUAGAAAAUCCUGGUGUCACACAUCUUCUGAUGCAGUGGGGACAGUUCUUGGACCAUGACGUGACCUCUUCUUCGCAGUCUAGAGGGUUUAACGGCUCUGUGCCGAGAUGCUGCAAGGAUGGUGGGAAAGACUUCAUUCCGAGAGAAUUUUUGCACCCUGAAUGCUUUCCCAUUCCGGUACCGCCGUCCGACCCGUUCUAUGGCCCCAAAGGUGUCAGAUGCCUGGACUUCAUCAGGUCCACGCCGGCCCCGCGUGCCGACUGCGCGUUAGGCUGGAGGGAACAGAUGAACCAAGUGUCUGCCUUCAUUGACGGUUCGCCUCUAUACGGUAGCUCAGCGAGACAGUCUGAUAAUCUCAGAUUGUUUAGGAAUGGGAUGCUACAGUACGGGCGGGUGCAACAGCGCCGGCCGGUGCUGCCCCCGGACCACGGUGAGGGGCUGUGUCGCGGGGGAGCGCUCUCCACAGACUGCUUCAAGUCGGGAGACGCUCGCGUCAACGAGCACCCUGGCUUGGUAGCCGCACACAUCGUAUGGCUGCGGCAACAUAACAGAAUGGCACAAGAGCUGGCCCAUUUGAAUCCCCACUGGAGUGAUGAAAAGAUCUACCAGGAGACGCGUAAAAUCGUCGGAGCCAUGAUCCAGCAUAUAACAUACAGGGAAUUUUUACCAAUUGUUUUAGGUUCAGAAGUAAUGGAACUAUUCGACCUAGACCUCCAAAGUAAGGGCUAUUACAAGAACUACAGCCCUAAAAUAAAUCCUAAUCCGGCUAGUUCGUUUGGUUCUGCAGCCUUCAGAUUCGGACACAGUUUGGUGCAGUCAUCAAUGGUACGCUUCGAUAGGUUCCACCGCCCGAUGCACAAUAACGUAUCUCUCCACGAUGAGUUAACCAAUCCAUCAAACAUUUGGAGUAUGGGAGCGGUAGACCGCCUCGUCUUCGGCAUGGUCAACCAACCAAUCCAGAAACGAGAUGAAUUCAUUACAGAAGAACUAACAAACCAUUUGUUCCAAACGCCACAUUUUGACUUCGGCAUGGAUUUAGCGGCCAUUAACAUCCAAAGGGGACGUGACCAUGGGGUGCCUCCCUACACCGCGUGGAGAGAGCCGUGCGGGUUGACACCGAUUCUUAGCUUCGACGAUUUGAAGAGAGUAAUGCCAGAGAGGGUUGUAAGGAAAAUGGAGUUCUUGUACAGGGAUGUGGAUGACAUAGACCUGUUUACUGGAGGUAUGGCUGAAAGGCCAGUCGUUGGAGGUCUAGUUGGACCAACGUUUGCUUGCAUCAUCGCGCAGCAGUUCGGAAAUUUAAGAAAAGGCGAUAGAUUUUGGUACGAAAAUGGAGGUUUCGAUUCAUCAUUCACUCCGGCGCAACUACAGCAGAUCAGAAGGAUAUCCUUCGCGCAAGUUCUAUGUCGAACUUUAGACACGAUCGAAACGAUCCAACCGUUUGUUUUCCUCUCCCCUGAAAAUCCUGACAAUGAAAGGACUUCAUGUCAAAACGGACUGUUGAGCAACUUUGACUUAUCCCCGUGGAUCGAAAUCGAACAUGAUUCGAAUAACAUAAGAACCGUUGAUGAUGACCACAAACCGACCACCAAGAAACCUAAACGGACCAAACCUACCACAACAACCAGAAAACCUACCACUCCUAAAACCAAACCCCUCAAAAGCGCCGUCAAGAUGGCUGAAAAGAAACCUGCUGCGGUUUUCAAUUCAACGACUGACAGUAACAAAACAGAAAAUGCCACAUCCAAAAUCACUGACACUAAACCCGACAACUUGACUGUUACUGACGAAGACGCGACUAAAACUGACACGACAAUACAAAUAGACGACAAAUUAGACUUUAAAAACAAAACACUACGUUUCGACACUGAAAAGAUUGACUCGCGACACAAAAGACCUACUAGUUACGAUGAUUACGACUACGACAAUGACGACACACAAAGCAUUCAAUCGAUUGUUAUAAAUAAUCUAAAUCAUAAAAGACCUCACAACAGACCCGUUAUAACUGUUACUGAAAACAUUGAUAAAUACACCUACCUAAUCAACUACGUUCCUAGACCUACGGUGUCAUGGAGGCAAACGACCAGAAGGCCUCCUGAACGUGACGUUGUCAAAGUGACUUAUCAGACCUAUGACGAUACGUACAGACGACCGAACAAACCUUACUAUUACAAACGACCAGAAAAUAACUAUGAUAAUUAUAGGGAAAACAGGCCUGACGCUCAAACGAAUCGCCACACAUCACAUUCAUCAGCUAGAUCUAAUGACGAGAGUGUUCAAAUUACCAAUAAACCAAAAGUUAGCGAAAAACCCGCCCUCUUGGUACCCUCUACAACAGAAAACAUAUACAAACUAGUCACUUUCGGCUACGUAGGCAAUUAUAGAGGCGAUUUAAAUGACUUGACCGCGGAAAAAACUAACAAUGACGUUAAAACUGACACGAUAGACACCAAACAUAAAAUUGAUACUAAACUUGACAUGACUGACGACAAAAAUGAUGACUUCUCUGACCAAAAUGUUGACAUAACUGACAUAAAAAGAAUGACCGACAAAAAUGACUCGACUGAACCUAAAAGUGACAUAACUGCUUAUAAAACGAUUGAUAAUGACGAAAUUAACAUAGACUUAGGUACUGUUAGCAAAGACUUUUCGACUUACGACACGAAAUCUGAAUUGACUGAAAAUGACAAAACCAAUACAGAGAAACUAUCAACUUUUUAUUUGUAUGAAACUGCAACUAGACCAUAUACUUUACUUAGACCGACGAGACGUAACGACGACGACCGUUUACCUACUUAUCCGCAAACCGGUGGUAAAUAUUACUACGUGAAAAACGUAUUACAUAAAUAUCCUGAUACUGAGAAAGCUACGAAAGAGGAGACAUCCAAUACUGAUAGUGAUCCGACUAGUGAAAGCAUUGAAGAACGAUCUUCAGGAGAUAAAAUGGCGAAUUUGGAUGAAGUUGAACAAAAAUCAAAUAAACCCGAAAGAGUACGAAACAGAAUCAGGAAACCAGCUAGUGCGGCUAAAACACCCUCGGUUACUUUCCAAGUGAUUCCGAGCGAAAUCAGUCCGACUCAAUGGGCAGUGUAUGAAGAAAUGGAAGAUUUACCCGAGGGAAUAUCAUACAAAAUGCCAGUAAUUAAAGGUGAUCCGCAGGCACUCACAGAAAUACCAAGACCGUUCAACUUUAAGAAUUUAAGAAGACGACGUCCUGGAAGAUUUUAAAAAUAACAUUAAAUUAGUUCAAUUGUAGUAUAUAAUUAUUUUGUAUUUUUAUAAUCUCGACUUUUGUAAAUUGUCAAACAGAAACGCAUUGAAAAUAUUACUUUCUUUAGAUGCGUGCCUAGCACUGCUUUAAGUAUUCUUAAAUAAGUGUAUAAUCUAUGAUACGUAAUUUAGAUUCGCCAGACAGUCAAUGCAUACAUGCCUAUACAUCAA